AUGGACACGCUCGCCGACCUGGCCGCCCUGCAGCCGCACCAACCCCAACCCCAGCCCCCAUCCCAGUCCCAGUCCCAGCGACCCGCCCCCCGCCUGCGCAGCUCCGACGCCUACGAGAGCCAGCUGUCGCCCUCGACGCUGUACCCCAGCGUGCCGCCCGUCGCCCACUCCACGCCCACGCCGCGCCCCUACGAGCGAGCCCUGUCCGACGCCGCCACCACCGCCGACUUCCCCCGCCGCGACUACGCCCACACCAGCCUGCCGCCCGCCGCCCAGCGCCAGGCCACCGCCCUCUGCGCCGACAUCCUGCGCUGCCCGCACGCCUACGACCCGCGCGUGCGCUUCAUCCGUCUGCUGCACCGCGGCUUCGUCGACCACCUCUACCCGCCUGCCGCGCCCGCCGCCCGUGGCGAGCCGCACCGCUACGACCUGCUCGCCGACCUGCGCGCCGCCCGCGAGGACCUCGACCGUCUGUUCGCGCUGGGUGAGGAUCUGUGGGUGGAGUGGAUUCAGGACGAGAGCGUGCUGGCCCGCUCCGUCGACGAGCGCAUCGCCGUGCUCGAGCUGUGCCAGCGCUCCGUCGAGGAGGAAUACGCCAGCACGCGCCUGUGGGUCAUCUACGGCGACUGGAUGCUGUAUCUCUACGAGGCCGCUGCCGACGCCGCCGCCGCGGCCGCUGCCACGCCCACCCCGGCGGCUCCCCGCCCGCACUGGUCCGACGACGACAAGCUCGUUGGUCGCGAGGUCUUCAGCUGGCAGUCCGUCAUGGACGUCUGGCGCAAGGCCGCCGACGCCACCAAGUGGCGCCUCAACGACAGCCACGCCGUCUGGAACCGCUACGCCGAACUGGCCCUGCGUGAGCUCGCCCGCGCGCCCGCCCCGGACAAGGCCGCCCACCUGCGCGCCCUCUUCGAAGCCCGCCUGCAGCUGCCGCACAUGGCCUGGGACCAGACCUUCCAGCUCUUCUCGACCUUCGUGUCCUCCUACUACAACGCCAGCUACGAGGACAUCAUGGUCGCCGCCAACGCCAAAGCCGCCGACCUCAAGGCCCUCUGCGACGCCCGCGAACCCCACGAGCACGCCCUGCAGCGCGCCUACGAAUCCGGCGACACCGCCGCCGAAUGGGCCGCCUUCGCGCAGUACAUCGACUUCGAAUGCUCCUCGCACAAGUACAAGAAGCCGCGCUUUGGCUACCACCUCGCCAUCGCGCUCUUCCAGCGCGCCCUCCUCCGCUUCCCCACCGACGCCAGCCUCUGGGACGACUACAUCAUGUACCUCGUCCACGAAGCCAUGCAGAGCCGCACCAGCGACCCCGUCAUCCCCGUCGUCGAGCGCGCCACCCGCCACUGUCCCUGGUCCGGCUCGCUCUGGUCGCAGCUCCUGCUCUCCGCCGAGCGCGCCGGCUUCUCCUUCCAGCACAUCUCCGACCUCAAACACAAAGCCACGCGGACCGGCCUGCUCGACGCCGCCGGCGUCGACGAGGUCCUCAAGGUCCACACCACCUGGUGCAGCUACCUUCGCCGCCUGCCCUUCCAAUCCGACUCCACCGACGAAGACCUCGAUGUCGCCGAGGUGGGCAUGCGCUCCGCCAUCGAGAGCGUCCAGGCCAUCGGCGACAAGGGCGACGCUACCGUGCCCAACGACCCGCUCUUCCGCCUCGAGCGCAUCUACAUCCGCUACCUGAGUGAGAGCGGCAGCUGGGACAGCGCCCGUGAGACCUUCAAGGGCCUCAUUGGCCGCCAUGGCCACAACUACGACUUCUGGCUGAUGUUCUACGCCUGGGAGCUCCUCUGCUGGAGCAAAUUCACCCAGGGCGACGAGCCGAGAAAGGCGCCCAGCCCGCACUACGCCACCGCCGUCCUGAAACAGGCCCUUCGCAGAGACGAUCUGGACUGGCCGGAGAAGAUCAUGGACACGUAUAUCGCCCAUUGCGAGCAGUAUGAAGACGCCGAAGAGCUGCAAUUGGCCAUUGUCGAAAUCCGCCGCUUCACCAAACGCGUGGCCAAACGCCGCGAAAAAGAAGCCCUUGAACGUGCCGCCCAGCAGCAAACCGCCGCCGCCGCCGCCGAAGCGCCCGAGCCGCCCGCAGCGGCGAGCGCAGACGAGACUUCGCAUGCUGGGAAACGCAAGCGGGACUCUGCCGAUGUCAAUGGCCAGGCGAGCAAGAAGCCCAAGCCUGAGCUGAGCGAGGCCUUGGCCCAGCCGUCGGCGCAGUCUGGCUCCAAGCGGGAUCGGGAAAAUUCGAGCAUAUUGGUCAAGAAUUUGCCGAAGAACAUCCAACCAGUCAGAGUUCGGCAGUUUUUCCGAGACUGCGGCAAGAUCAAUUCUCUCAAUCUACUUCCUGCGGACGACGACUCGGUUUCUGCCAUUAUCGAGUUUGAUUCCAAAGAGGAUGCCGAAGCUGCCCAAACGCGCGAUCAGAAGUCGCUGGAAGGGAAUACCGUCAGUGUCCAGCUCGAGACUCAAGCCACUAUAUUUGUCACGAAUUUCCCCCCCGAGGCUGAUGAGUCCUAUAUACGCGAUCUCUUUAAUUCCUACGGAGAGAUUGUGGAAGUACGAUUCCCAUCCCUCAAAUACAACACCCAUCGCCGAUUCUGCUAUGUACAAUUUACGUCCGCAGUCGAUGCCCACACCGCAAUUGAACUAGACCAGAAGCGUGUCGGCGAAUCGCUAAAACUCGUGGUCAAGAUAUCCGAUCCAUCACGACGCCAGGCCCGCUCCGGCGCCUUCGAGGAAGGACGAGAGAUACAUAUCUCGAAUCUCGAUUGGAAGGCUACCGAAGAUGACUUGGUUGAGCUUUUCACGGCGUUUGGGAAAGUAGAAGUUGCGCGGAUUCCGAAGAAAGCCGAUGGUGGCAGCAAGGGUUUCGCAUUUGUGGUUUUUACCACGGCAGAGGCAGCAAAUGCGGCAUUGGCAAUGAACCAGAAAGAGUUUCGCUCUCGCCCUCUUCAUGUCAAACUAUCUACACCCACCGGCGCUAAGCGGCAAGCUGCGACUAUCAUUUCACGCAUCGGACACUCCAAGUCGCCCUCCAUGGAGCCGAACGGUGCGUCGCCAUCCGUAUCGAUGGACGGAAGUGACGUUCCCGUUGGCGAUAGAGCCUCUCGUACACUAGGCCUCAUGAAUGUUCCAGAUACGGUUAACGACACCCGCAUCCGCAAGCUCGUUGAACCCUAUGGAACCCUGGUGAAGAUAGUUCUUCGCCCCGAUCAUCAAGGAGCUAUCGUUGAGUAUCUAGAUGUCAGUGAUGCGGGCAAGGCCGCUCUUGGUCUAGACGGGCAGGAAAUUGUACCAGGCCGGGCGAUUCAAGUCGGAUCCGUUCCCGACAUGCUCAAGCAGUCUGCCGAGCAUAAGGUGGAUCGUAUUCUGGUUGGAAAGCAGAAGCAGAAACAGACCCCCGCCCUCAUGGCCCAGCCCUCGGCGCCUAUCUCCCGGCCGGGGCAACAGGGUCGCGGGGCCCGGAGAGGAGGCUUAGGCACGAAGAGAGGCCCUUUUGCAGGGACUACUGGCGGAAAGACGGCUGACAAUGUCGCGCAAAACGACCCGCAGCACAAGGCCCCGAAAGCGAAAAGCAACGACGAUUUUCGGGCCCUGCUCGCCCAAUCCAAAAGCAAACCCAAGGAUGGCUGA